AGUGACUCCAUCGUGGCGAGAGGAAGCAGUGCCUCGUGAGAAGUGACGGUGAGAGCAUAGUCCGCUUGUCGCUCUUCCUCGUCAAGUGAACUCUACGGAAGCUUAUGUUUUCAUAGUUGAAGAAAGGUGAAGCGCAUUCAGGGAAAAUUCCACUUUGCAAGUCCGUCGACCCAGUGAUGCGAACAAGAACACUUGACAGAGCGAGUUCGGCGAUAUAGGCAGCGUGUAGAUAUUGCAUGGGUCGUCUCGGUGCUUGUUCACCCGCACAUAAACAGCCUUCAGAAGAAUCAGGUAAUCUCGGCUUGUUAAUUGGGCCAGUCGUGAAAAUGUUCUAAGAAUGUACACAAGUGCUUCAGAGGUGUCAAAUCAAGGGUUGGAAAUCGCAGAGGAGCAGUCAGUGUGUGUCAGUGCGGAGGACCUGUUUCGACCUUGCCCACACAGCGCGAUCGCCGUCUGUGGUAGCUAGCCGUCACCGACGCCGCCACCACCGUUGCCACGACCAGCGCCCCUCGUGUCCCUGGAGAGAGCCUUCAGCAUGGCGACGGCGCAAGACACAGUUGCAGCCGCGACGGCCGAGUUGGAGCCCUUGGCGACCUCCUCCCAGACGGGGUCAAAGGAAGGAGAAGGCGGCGAUGGAGAAGGCACGUCAGGAGUGAAGCUGAAGAAGGAGCUAGGCUUGACGGAGGGCAUUGCCAUCAUCGUGGGGAUCAUCGUUGGUUCGGGCAUCUUCGUGUCUCCCAAGGGCGUGCUCGAGUAUAGCGGCAGCAUUGGCGUGGCGCUUAUCGUGUGGGGGGUGUCGGGCCUCCUCUCCACCGUGGGUGCCCUGUGCUACGCCGAACUAGGUACUAUGAUCCCCAGGAGCGGCGGGGACUACGCUUACAUCCACGAGGCUUUUGGUCCCCUCAUGGCUUUCCUGUACCUGUGGGUGGCGCUGGUGAUCAUCAUGCCCACGGGGAACACGGUCAUCGCCCUUACCUUCGCUAACUACAUUCUGCAGCCGCUUUUCUCCGAUUGCGACGCCCCGCCCGAUAUACCCGUGCGACUCCUGGCGGCCGUUGUUAUAUGCUUCCUCACGUGGGUCAACUGCUCGAACGUGAAGUGGGCGACCAAAGUGCAAGACAUAUUCACGGGCGCCAAGCUGCUGGCCCUGGUGAUCAUCGUGGCCGCCGGCGCGUACCACCUCGCGACGGGCAACCUGGACAACUACCAGAAGCCCUUCGUAGGGACCAACUGGGAACCCGCUGCCUUCGCCACCGCCUUCUACCAGGGGCUCUUCUCCUUCGCAGGAUGGAACUACCUCAACUUUGUCGUAGAAGAGCUGAAAGACCCAUACAAGUAAGUUAUUGUUUGGUUUACGUAUUUCUACGCGCGCGCACACAUUCUC